CUUACACAUAUAUACAUAUAUACAUAUAAACAUAUAUAUACACAAUGACAACCAUAGCUGCUUCACAACCACCUUCUCCUCAACCAAAACAUCGGCAAAUCGAAACAAAAGUAACUGAACAUGACUCCGAUUCAGAAACCGGAGGAGCAUUGAGUGCUGUCCAGCACAUCCGAGAACUCAAAAGACUUGCUCGACUGGCUCACAGGCGUGCCCAGGUAAUCGAAUCCCCAUCCACAACCAAGACCCACAUCUACACCAACCUGUUUGGCACUCCAGAAACCGAAGAGUCAGAAGUGAGCAACACAUCCUGGAGAAUGAACGCCGAUGGACUGGCCGAACCGUCUCGAUCCAAGCCAAGACCUUACCUAAGCUACAUGCUCAAUACCUACAGGAAUCUCUUUUUGACUUUUUACUUCAACUGGACAAUGAUCUUCACAGCUCCCAUAAGCUCAUUGGCCUUUGUGAUUGUCUAUCCUACAGCCGUCGUUCUGCUGUUUAUUUUUGAAAUUGGUCUCAAAGUAUUUAUGGAUUAUCUUGGAGGUUCUGCAUUUGUACAUUAUAUCGGCAGUAAAUAUGGAGAAGGUCUAGGAGCAAUUAAUUGGGGUGCACCAAAUCUUCUGUUGUCUGAACAGACGGCUGAACUUGUAAAAUCAACUCUUCCGAGUCUUGGAAAACCCGAACCACCAAAUAAGGCCGGUGGAGGAGGCGUGCGUUCCCGGACUUUUGAUCUCUCGAUAGCCCAGACAUUUACUGUAAUUUCUUCGGUUAUUUAUGAGCGCGAUGCCGACAAAGUCAAGAGCGCCUAUGAAGUUUAUGCAAACGCCAUGAAGUCCUCAAUAGUUGAUUUAGAAGACCAGGUUGAAUCUCCAGUCGAAAGGAAGAUGAAAUGUCUGUUAUGGCAGUCAGAAAGACGUAUUAGAACCAUUGUAGCAAACUGGGGUCUUCACUUUGCAGGUGUUUCCGAAUUAAAAUCAUUGGGCGGUCCAUUCUGUGGUAUCUUUUGGUCGGAAGAACACCCGUUUAUAGUAGUAGCUUUCAAGGGAACCACCCCAACCAACUACGAAGAGUUCUUGGUUGAUGCCACCUUCCAGCGCACAGACGCCCGUUCGUAUCUAUUUGGAUCGGUCCACGAAGGCUUUUAUGAAUCCGUGUUUCCCACUGCCGGCUUUGGCAGCGACGACACACGCGAUCCUUAUGGUGCCAUUCUUUCGGCUGUCCAGGAAAAGGCCCAGCAGAUGCAGGCGCGUAUGGGAACAUCCGAACCUAUCCAGGUCUGGAUUACGGGUCACUCUCUCGGUGCAGCCAUGAGCUCACUUUUGUUUGCCCGCUGGCUAAAGUGCCCCGAAGAUCUUACCAGUCGCUGUGUUCUCCGAGAUGCAUAUGUGAUCGGUACCCCUGCCGUCGGUGACAACGACUUUGCGUCUUACUUUUCCUCUUUCUCUAACCACCCUGUUUCACGUACCUCGACCCUUUGGCGUAUCAUUAAUAAACAUGAUAUCAUCUGCCGUAUUCCCCCUGGUUACGAUAGCCAAACCAUUGGUAAUUAUAUGAAGAGCACCGAUUUCUUCAAUUACUCUCACAUCGGGCACGCCAUUCAACUGAACAGUAGAUGGCACCGGAAGCCUUUACGAGUCUAUCCUUCGGGUUACCAGGCCACAAUGCAGGUCGAGAUCACACUCGGUGGAUUCGAUUCAAGAUGUGUAGACUAUAACCUGCCUGAUGGCCAGAUAAUUACAGCCGCUGAAAACCCAAGCCCAAGUACCAGCACCGAUAUCGACACCAACACCAACACCCACACUAAUAUCAAACCAAAACUGACAUCUGGAUUUGUUGAUCCUCGAAAGGCACUUGUGUUUAUGCAACACGAUGACCAAAUUAACCCCGUAAAGUUCCUUGCAUUGCCCCGAUUUGCCAUGUACAUUUCCAAAAAAGCUUGGUUUAGAACCAUGGCAAACAAGUUCACUGAUGGUAACCCAAUCCACUCCCUCGAGAGCAUCUAUCCUUUCUUCUUUAAGGAUCAUAUUCCUGUCCAUUACUUCGAAGGACUCGAAAGAGCACGGAGUUUCUGCUAUGAUAUGGAAAAAAAAGAUCGUCAGAUCAAACUUUAGAUAUUUCUUUUUUUUUCAAUUUUAAGAGAAAAUAAUAAUAAAAUCAAAAUCAAG